UUCCUACGAAAAGCUACUGUGACAGGCGCAAAUAAGGCUUUGCCAAAAACCCAAAAGCCGUGUUCAUUACAAUCACACCCUGAGGAUUGCUUUGAUGCCGAAUAUCUACGAGAAACUGGGCGACGCAACAAAGAAACAUUAGAACACGUCUCCCUCGAAGGUGCUGCAGAAAAUCCUGAGGAUGAAAUGGCUACUGAUGGUUUAGAGCAAGAACGUGACCAUAGGAAUAAUGACUGGGACUAUUGGCUUCAACCCGACGGUCAAUUGGUUGGCCUUGAACAGGCAAUAGUUCAAUGUGUAGAGCGAUGUCCCAGCGAAGAGUUAAAACGAAAAAUGUACGGAUGUAUUCUUUUAGUUGGAGGUGGAAUGAAAUUUCCUGGACUAAGUAAAUGGCUCCAAAAGAAACUAUCAGAUAAAAUACCAGCUGCGUAUCGUUCUGAGCAAUGUAUUGUCAUAAGUCCCAAAGAGAUAGAUUCAGAAAUAACUAGCUGGAAAGGAGCCGCAAUCAUGUCAUGUUUAGAAAGUGCUUCGGAAUUAUGGCUUAGUGAAUCCGAAUGGACACGAUACGGCUGGCGAGCAUUAAGAGAAAAAACUGUGUUUUUAUGGUAAAUUAUGAUGGACCAUGAUGGAUAUAUUGAAUUAUAAAAUGUUUAGUAAACAAAAGAAAGUGCCCUGCUAUUUAUUCUGCAAAAAUCCG